AUGGGCCUGUCGGCUCGCGCACAACCUGCGGAUGCGGAAAGAAUUUUGGAGGUGCCUCCCCCGGAGAGCGAAGGGAGCUUGCUACCGCCAACGCCGGGCACGGAUACGUCAGGGACAACUGUCCCUAUUCACCAGGACACCUCUUUUCUAUCUGCCGACAAUCAAGAACCGCUUGACAUGGGUUCGAAGUCAAACUGUCAAUGUACAGAUCGCCUAGGAAUCUUCCCAGCCGCGUCUUCUCCUGCUAUGGCCACAGAUGUUGCCCACGCCUCUCCAGCUCAACCUGGUGGCAAUAUCAACCACCUCCUCAUUGCACUUGUCGAAUCUUUCUUCCACGAAGAAUAUCCUCUACCUUCAUAUUCCUUUCUGCAUCCUGCAUCCACCAUAACGAAAUGCCAUGCGGGCACCCUCGACCCCUGUCUUUCGCUCGCCCUCGCUGGAGUCGCAACUCUACACAUAUCUAUACGCUUACAGACCGGAAAAGGCGGCCACGACAACGGUGCUGUCCCCCAAAAUGAAGAUGACGCCACGACGCAUUCUCUCGACUGCACAUGUCACGGACUCGCACCAAUACAAGUCGCCGAGCAGAUCAUAUGGUCGAGUAUCGAAAGCCCAACCAUUGCAAGACUGCAGGCCCUCCUUCUUUGCAUCAACCACUGUAUGCAUACGGGGCGUUUCCAAAGAGCAUUUAUGCUAGCUGCCAUGGCGGCGCGUUUUGCUGCUGCUCUUCGACUCCACCGUGAACACCAAGGCCUAGAUUUCGUGGCGCAAGAGACCCGAAGACGCAUCGUGUGGAGUCUAAAGCUCGUCGAACGAUACUUCAGCAUCGGUCUUUCGGAGUUUGAACUGUGCCCUUUUGAAAGUAUCUAUAUUCAGCUACCGUGCGUCGAGUCUGCGUACGAUGCCGGAUCAACCCAAGAGUCUACCCCCGAAAAUCUCAACUCUUCAUCGCCAUUGGAAGACGAUUACGGCGCCUAUCAACUGUGCGUCAAUCUGGAGUCAUUGCGCCGAGACAUUGUUAAGCUAGGUAGAGCCUUUGCACAUUGCGAGCGCAUCUCACCGCAGAUCCCAUCGUUGAUUCGUUCAUUCGAGCGCACACUCUUUGACAUUGGCGCCAAGAUGCCUCAUGGCCCAGAGCUAUCAUUUGAUCAGAUCAACGCGUUGAUCACGUCACGCUGGCUACCGAGACACAUAGCUCUGCAAUUAAGUUGGCAUCAAUGCCACUGCGACCUCUAUCGACUGCUACUACGAGGCUACCCCGAGGCAGUACCUCGACCUGCUCUCGAAGUUCUUUCACGGCAGGGAACCAAUGAUCAUGAUGAGAAUGGUUGCAACAAUCUAUUACUCCGCGCAGAGCGUCAGUGUUUACAGCACUCGAACGCCAUCAUCCUGACCCUGACCCUGUUGAAUCAACAAUCACCCCGCUUUUGUUUUCUAGAGUUUGACGCGACUAUAUGUGCAUAUCAUGCUACGCGUCUGCUCUUUUUCAUCUCUAGGUUUGGAAGAGACCCCACAACUCGACCAUCCGAGGAGUUUGCAGCCAGUCGACUGGAGCUGUGCCUUGCAGCGCUGCGGAGAUUCUUCCCCCAAAACAAGCUUGUAGGUCCCAUCAUUGCGGAGAUGGAGAACAACAGGCACAAGUUGGCUACGUUGACUCCCCGCUCGGCGUCGCGAGUGCCAACAUCCGAGAUGAACGAAAAGCUGGCCGUCCAUAGUCUGUUGCGACUAGCCAGGUUCUCGGAAAGAGACGAUGCCGAUGGCGGGACCAGUAUCCUGUCAGCUGGUAGUUCAGCUACAACGCAAACCAGCAGCAUCUUUCCCCAGACAGAUUCUCCUGGAAUCGCUGGGAUGACGCCUCGCAAGACAGAAGGUGGCCAUGACUCUGUGGCUUCAUUUGACCCUCUGACCGGGCAUAGACUGAUCACAGCGGGUGACGGGUUGUCGGGACAGUCGAUGAUUGUCCAAGAUCUAAGUGUCGAUGCUUUGACAGAGGCGCUCAUGACGGCACAGGAUGGUGGAGCUCCACUGGGCGAGGACUGGGAUUUCACCUCGUUCAUGCCCUUGCAAGCUUGGGACAUGCCAAAUCCCUUCAUUUCAUGGCUUGACGUGUUGGAUAAUUCGUGUCCCCUGGAGUAG